UCCCUUUUCUUAAUUGUGUGUUGUGCAAGUAGUGAAGAGGGCCUUCACUUACCGACCUCGACCGCCGUGUAAGCUAACUCGGGGUCGUGCAGCAAGUCACACAGAGCCAUGAGGGCCCGUUGCCGGACCAGGAGAUCGGGAUCCGCUAGCUCCCGUUUCAGCUUGGGCAAAGCGCGGUCCCCGAAGGCAAUGGGCGCCUUGGUCGGGUCGAUGUGAGGAGGAUACUUGGCAGAAAUUCUCGUGUGAGCCAUUUUCUCUCUUUUUUAAAACAGCAACUGCGAAGCUCCAAGGGCUCAGAAGUCGAGCUCACACUCCGAUGUUUCGCUGGUGAAUGUUUGAAAGCUCGGCUCGCGGCUUGGCUCAGUUGCCAUAGCAACACCCGCGGCCUACUCCUCCGUAAAGCGCCUGUAAUCAACAUUGCACCGUACAGGUAAAUGGGUCUCCACUAUCCGCAACAAAAUCUACUUUGAACAGCCUUAAUUUAACACAGGAAAAGUCCCAAGUGCAACUCGAGGUCGGAAGGCUGUCUUCAGAAAUAAAGAAGUAUUAGGAGGGGUUAGUCCUAAAUGAAGAACUGCAAAUUAAGUACCAGCAAUUGAGGGUAACCAAGGGGAAAACAAGAAUAAGAAACACAAGAUAAUUAACAUUAACAGAGAAGAGGUGUUGGAGAAACAUUGAGGAUGAAAAGACUACCUUUCGGAAGCAUUAAGUGAAACUGAGAUGCUACUGCACAGAACAAACAUGUAAAGCCUCAGUCAACAUUGUGUCCAUUGCAUCCUGCAAGUGCAGGCGGAAGAAAGUAAUCGAAAGCAUUUCACAUCGAGUGGAGAAAAGAUGAGCAACGGUGUUUUGCAUGCCCCACCAGUCAGCAGGGACCGAAUCAUCUCUAAAUUCCCCAAGUGUUACUUACCUGAAGCCUGUCUCCAAUUUAAAGAUCAGUUCCACAUUCAAGUUAAAAAUGCCUGCCAUGAACGACAAACCAGAAAUGUUGGACUCAAAAUGUCAAAGGUGGUGGUAGUUGGGGACCUCUGUGUGGGAAAAACAUGUCUUAUUAAUAGAUUUUGUAAAAAUGUGUUUGACAGAGACUACAAGGCUACAAUUGGAGUUGAUUUUGAAAUUGAGCGGUUUGAAGUUGCUGGAAUUCCGUACAACCUACAAAUUUGGGACACCGCAGGGCAGGAGAAAUUCAAAUGCAUUGCUUCUGCAUACUAUCGAGGUGCUGAAGUCGUUAUAAUAACCUUUGAUUUGGCUGACAUACAAACCCUGGAACACACAAAACAGUGGCUAGAGGAUGCACUGAAGGAAAAUGAACAGGGUUUAAGUACCAUAUUUCUUGUUGGCUCUAAGAAAGACUUAUUGUCCCAGGCUGAAUAUGAGCGAACAGAAGCUGAUGCCAUUAAGAUGGCUACUGAGAUGCAAGCAGAGUAUUGGGCUGUGUCUUCAAAAACAGGUGAAAAUGUGAGAGAAUUCUUCUUCAGAGUGGCAGCCCUGGCAUUUGAAGCAUCUUUACUGAAAGAAUUGGAAAGAAGUGACUUUCCGUCUGCAAAGAUUGGUGAGGGCAGCACCAUCCAAAUGGAUAAAGCUACAGCCGAGUUCUCGGGAAGCAGGAUUAGUUCCACCGCUGGUUGCUGUUGAAAUUCAAUGUGCAGCAUUUCAUAACACUGGUUAAUCCUCCAUUUGGUUCGUAUACCAUAGUAUUGGCAAGCAUAAUACAAAGACUGCAGUCUGAUGUCAGGUUGAGUACGGAUAGUUUAUGUAAAUAGUAAAACCUGGAAUAACCAGAAACUCCAGAACACCAGGACUCUGUACAGAAAUUGAGUUAUGGGUUGAAGUGGGCCCUUGAAAAAGGGCAUUGAAAAUUUUUGAGGGUAAAGGACAAAUUGUAUUAAUUUAAUAAAGGUGUGUAAAGCAAAAUUCUGAGAUAAAUGCCGCUGAUGAUGUUAUUUAUUAAUUUGGAUUAAGGAGUAUCUAGUUACCAACACCAAUAACAUUAAGGCACACAAGUGGAGUUUGAUGUCUAUAAAAAUCAUUUUUCUAAAUUACCCUUGUGUGAAACAGUAGUUAUUUUUCUAAAUUGCUGAAUGUUUUUGAGAUCAUUAAAUGUAUUUUUUUAUAAAAUAUGAACAUAUCAUUUUCCAUUAUUAACAAGAUUAUAUUAAUGAUCAAGAUCCACAACUGGAACUCUGAGGAUGCCAAGGGAUCAUUAACAUUUUUUGGUGUAAAGACAAGUGAACAUUAAUAACUGAGGUGAAAGCCUCUGAAUGGAACUUUCAAUUAUUAAGCAAUCGUAAUCUUCAGUCCCUAGUGCUGGCAUUAAUCUUUUGUUGUCAGUCAAAUGUAGAAUCCUGUUUUAUGCACCAAAUGUGACUGGUGUUUAGAGUCACCAAAAGAUUUUGGCAUAGAAGAGGUCAAUGUCUGUGAGUGAUGAGGUAGUCAUAGGUUUAUGCCUUUUCCCCUUCAGUGAUGAAUCCUAAACUUUACCCUUGCAUCUAGGAGAACUACUAGGGAAACCCAGGAACUUCUACAUGAAGAGGGAGAGAGAAAUCCUAAAUUAUUUAGGUAGUUUGAAUAGUUCUUAUGAAUAAUUGCUGAAUUAGGAAUGACUUUGAUAGAGAUAUCUGAAUGUUUUUCUAUUUGCAGUGUUGAAUAAGGUUUAAAAACAUAUCAUAGAAUCCCUGGCCAGCAAUAAAUCUGUGACAUAAAUAGUGUUUUAAUUUAGUCUGAUAGAGUUUUAUCCAAAAUAUUGCUGUGUUAACUCCUCCACGGAAUUCAAAUUAUGCUAUUUAGUCAGACAGAUUGGACAAGAGAACAGUUUUGCUGAUAUGUUUUCCUCACGGGAUGCAUACACACAUACACACACGCGCGAGCCGCACACGCACACACACUUUAGUUUAAAGCCCUAUCCACAGCCCUGUGUAAUGCUGCUGGAUAGCAGCUCCCUCCUACCCUGGUACUGGUACCAAUGUCCAUGAAUUUGAACCUGUUUUAUUUCACACCAAUCUUUGAGUCAGUGUUUGUGUUGAACCUGAGACAGUUAUCUUGUGGCUCAUGCAGUAAUCUAGAGGUUAUUACUUCUUUGUUUCUGUUCUUCAGUUUCGCUACCAGCUGCUCAUAUUCUCUCAGCAGAGCCUCAUUCCUCUUUCUACCUAUAUUGUUGGUACCUACGUGGACCACAAGAACUGGAUCUUUCCCCUUUCAGUCCAAAUUCCACUGCACCCCAAAUGAAAUAUCUUGAAUCCGGUCACUAGGCAGGCAACACAGCCUUUGGAACUCUCGAUUUUGGCCAUAGAGAACAGUGUCGAUUCCCCUGAUAAUACUGUCCCCAAUUACAACUACAUUUCUGUUUUCUCUCACCUUUUGAUUGACUAUGUGCACCGUGAUGUACAGACUACGGAGAAGGUUCACCAGGGUGUUGCCUGAUCCCCAGGGCAUUGACUGUCAAGAAAGGUUGAAAAGACUAGGAUUGUUUUCGGUAGACAGACAGCGGCUGAGAGGAGACUUGAUAGAGGUUUACAAAAUUAUGAGAGACUUAGAUAGGGUGAAUAAUCAAAGGCUUUUUCCCAGGGUUGAAGUUUCAAUUACAAGGGUGACAGGUUCAAGGUCAGAGGAGGAAAGUUUAAGGGAGAUGUGCAAGGGACGUUUUUCAUGCAACGAGUGGUAGCAGCCUGGAAUGCACUACAUUAGAGGUGGUGGAAGCAGGAACGUUGGAGAUAUUUAAGAGGCACCGAGAUGGGUACAUGAAUAGGGAGGGAAUAGAGGGAUAUGGAUCAAAAAAUGCUAGGUUUGCUUUUAGAUUAAUUAGGGCAUGAUGGUCGGCAUAGAUUUGGAGGGCCAAAGGGCCUGUUCUUGUGCUGUACUUUUUCAUUUUGUUCAUUUGUUUGUUCAUUUGUUCAUGAUGCUGUGGUCAGUUUGCUCAUGCUCCCUACAGCUCCUGCAGUCAUCCAGACAGGAAGCAAGAACCUCUAACCCAUUAGAUAAGCUCAAGCACUGAGGGUCCUUCAGCAUUACCUCCUAGAUCCCUCUAGCUGCUUCUUGUAUUCUACCUGACCACUGACCGAAUUCCAGAUAGUACAUCAAAGGGGUGUGAUUGCCUCCUGAAACACAGCGUGCAGGUAAUUCCACCCCCAUUCCCUGACGUGUUGCAGUUUUCAAAGUUCAGACUCCAGCUCAUCAGCUCUGAGCUGGUGCUCCUCAGGCAAUCAACACUUACUGCAGAUGGGUUAUUACAAAUCACAGUGGGGUCCACUGGCUCCCAAACCAUGCAGGUACAACGUAUCAGCUGAUCCUGUGACUCUAUUUUGUUUACUUUGUUCUUCGUUUAAUUGUUAAAAGAUUUGCUGUUCUUUUAGUUUGUAACCUGUAAAUAUUUUCUCGAUUUACUUUCAAUUUCAAAAAACAAUAAUGUCUUGUUUGCGCGAUAAGCUGGAAAUUUAAACCCAUGCCCUCCACCGUUUCCAAAACUUUCAGUUCCCUGGCCCCCCAAUACCUCAUCUUCACCAUGGAUGUACAGUCCUUUUACACCUGUAUCAUCCUCCGUAGGCCCAAACAGUCCCCCCCCACUGACGCUGUCAUUCACUUGGCAGAACUGGUCCUCACCCUUAAAAGUUUUCCAUUGAUUCCUGCCAAUCCCUACAAACCAAACGAGUGGUCAUGGGCACCCACAAGGAGCCGAGCUUCGUCUUCCUCUUUCUGGGGAAUUUUGGAACAGGUCCUCUUCCACAACUAAACUAGCGCAGCCCUCACCUCUUUCUCUGCUAUAUUGAUGACUGCAUCAGUGCUGCCUUGUGCUCCCCUGAAUGAAGUAACCUGCAUUUACUUUUGUUCACACUUACUUAAAAACAUUGAUUGUCUGUUUUUGAAAGUUUGUUUCAUUGAAUCGUCAAGCCGUGCUGUUUCUGUUUCAUUAACAUAUUGUAGCAUCUUGUCAAAGUAAUGCAGAGUUUCUGACAUUUUCUUCAAGAGAAAUCAGCAGGUGCUUUUUAUAAAUUAGGUUAUUUUGACAUCAAAUCACUAAACUGCUGGCACAUUUAUGUAGUUCAAAGUGUAUAUCUCUUGAAAUAUGUUCACCGAUCAUUCAUCUGCUGGACUUGUCCAUUUUCACGUUGCGAUUCAUUAAGGAUGAUUGCAUACUGGAGUUUACUGGUUAUGUUUAUUUUGCCCACUAACAAAAUUAUUGUGAUAUCCAAAUUGGUUUAUGCAAAUUGUACUUUCCUUUUAAUUUAGCACUAAGUUGUUUCUGCUACAAAAGAAUGGAAAAGGAAUUAAAUUCAACAUUUUGGAACCUUUGUUAAUUGAUUUAUUUGAACCCUAAGUGUUGACUUUGCUGUCUAUUUGAAGGCAGAAGGGUGACUUUUAAUCUCACCUGCGUACCGGGUAAUUUACCCCCGUAAUCAUUUAAGCACGAAAAUACAAUUUGAUACAAAGCUCGUUGUGGAUUUUCAAAUGGGCCAGAAAUGAUACAACUAGCUUAAUAAAGUAUCUUUGAUGCAUUAGAAUUGUGAAUUAGAUAAAUUUGAAUCACUUUAUAAUACAGCAUGAACACACUAACUGCUGUGAAAUUAAAAGAAACAGUCUUCCAUAUUUAUAUUAACUAUAACCAGGACUUUGUUGUCAUCAUCAUUAUACGUUCGGAUAUUGUCUCAAUAAUUUACAAUGGUGAUGCCUGUCAUCACAUCUCUGAAUAUUAAAAUGCAUAUCACACUGAUUAAAGAUUGUGACAUAAUCACUGUAAAAAUAUUAAUGACAUUUUCUGUAUUUAUUUGAUAGUGAUGCCUUUUUCCCAGGAUGCACUCUCAAGAAUUGGUAUCGGUAGUGGGAAUUUCAGUCAUUGUAAAUGUAAGGAAAGUGUUUUAACUAGGUAUUUGAGAAAAGUAGUGACAUCAUAUUACCUCAGCUCUUGGACUUGAGUUUCAUCAAUCUCCUGAUUGUGUUCAUGUUUUGACUAUCAGGAUGGAAAAUAAAAUGAGUCGUAU